AUGCCGCCACGACGCUCUCACAAAAAAUCCCGGAGCGGUUGCCGGCGGUGCAAGUCGCGCAAGAUUAAGUGCGACGAGGUCCAUCCACGAUGCGGCAACUGCGUCAAGCACGGCGUCCAGUGCGAUUUUGAGAACCCCGAGGUUCUGGUCGAGCUCCAGACCGCUGCCGCCAACUCCGAAUCGCCGUCCACGCCGGCCUCGACUAUCAGCGCAAGGUCGCCCAUCGCCCGUGCCUCGCGCCCGGCGCCCGGGUUUCUAAAUGUUGCGCCGCUGUACCGAGCUCCGGCCACCCAAGCGGUGUCCCAGACUACGCCUCCGGGCCACCGGCUACUCGAAUUGCGGCUGAUGCACCAGUACACGAUCAUGACCUGCAAGAGUCUCACCUUCACAGCACCCGUGACGGAGGAUAUCUGGAAGAUCACGGUGCCGAAUCUCGCCUUCGGUGGUUCUCAGCACCUAGCCGACGCUAUCCUCGCCGUGGCGGCAUUGCAUCUACGGAGCUUACGACCGAACGACAAGGAGCUCAUCCGCGCAUCCCACGCCUACAUGGCCGCUUCUCUCGCCGAGUACAGCUCCGCUCUCACCAAGGGCAUCAGCCACGAGAAUGCUGAAUCGCUGUUCCUUACAUCGACCCUCAUAGCCUUCCAGUCGACCGCUACGAGGGUGUUUAUGAAAGAUGAGGUCUCGGUUGGCGCUGGACACGACGGAGACGCCGAGGCCGGAAGGCGGCGAGACCAUCCGUCCGGGUGUUACUCUAUUCCAUUCUCGUGGUUCCACUCGUUUCAGGGCGUCAAAGCGAUCACCGCUGCUUCGUGGCAGUACCUGCGGGCUAGCCCCGUUGCGACCGAGGUAAUCAACUCCCAAGCCGUCCUUCAGCUCGAUUUCACCGCGGGACCGAAAACGUUCUUUGGGCAUCUUCUCGACGGGCUAGAGGAGGAACUUGCGACCAUGAGCGGCGCACCCAGCCCAUCUUCACCGUCCUCGCCUCCCAGCUACCCGACUGCGGACCCUUCCUUCACACCUGCAAGUCCCGAACUCAUCACUUCCACACGCCAAGCCUACCAACACGCCGUAGCUGUGCUCAACUGGGCGCACAAGAUCCCGCACAAGGGCGCCCCCCUCGCAUUUCCUGCCACCGUAUCGCGCCGGUUCAUCGAGUUGCUCGAAGAGCGCCGUCCUCGUGCUCUUGCCAUCCUCGCCUGCUUCUUCGCGCUUCUCAAGUCCCUGGACUCCAUCUGGUGGCUACAGGGCAUGGCCCGCCGCGAGGUUCUCGGUGUGGUCUCACUUUUCAACUCCGACUUCUUCGGCCCCGACGCCUACCGUACCUGGUGGCCACAUCUCGAGUGGGCGAUGCGGAUCGCUCUGUACGAGCCCCCUUCCAACAACGGCCCCACAGAUGGUCCUGGAGAGCCGAUCCCAGCGGAGAUCUGGGGCGCAGAUUGGUAUGCUGAAGAGCAGGCGCUAGAGGAAGGCCAGCGCCGGGAGGGCGGGUAUGUCCGGCAUAUUGAGCUGGUUAGUCAAAUGGGAAGUGCCUUGCAGAGUAUACCGGCGGUGCCGGAGUUUGUGCCUGUCAUGGGGCCAAGUGAUCAGGGGUGA